AUGAUUGUACCGAUUUGGCGUCCAUUUUUGGACUUGUCCACGAAGGAUAGGGUGAAGAGAGGCAUUAUCUUCUUCUUCGUUAUCGCCUAUUGUUUCCUGGGUGUUUCGAUCGUAGCUGAUCGUUUUAUGUCCUCGAUUGAAGUGAUCACAAGUCAAGAGCGAACAGUGCACGUUAAGAGACCAGGACUUGAACCAUUGAAAGUGAAAGUUCGAAUAUGGAACGAUACCGCUCAUCUGCUCCUGAGAUUCUUCUCUCCAUUAUCGAGGCAAGCCAAUUCCAGUGAUUGUUCAUAUUAUAUUGAUAUAGCGUCUGUGAUGGGUAAAGGUUUCGAAGCGGGUGAUCUGGGCCCGAAUACGAUUGUCGGUUCGGCUGCCUUCAAUUUGUUUAUGAUUAUUGCAAUCUGCGUUGUGGCCGUUCCAAGCCCUGAAGUUCGUCGCCAAAAACAUCUUGACGUAUUCUGCGUUACGGCUACAUGGUCUCUAUUUGCGUACAUUUGGAUGUAUCUGAUUCUGGCGGUAUUCUCUCCGGGUGUUAUUGAAAUCUGGGAAGGCUUGCUUACGUUCAUGUUCUUUCCAAUCACAGUGUUCACCGCCUAUAUAACUGAUAUCAAAAUCCUACAGAAGCGAUUCCUACCUCAUCGAUACAGGCGAACGUCCCGAGGUCUCGUUGCGACCGAGGAUGAAGAGAUGAAAAUGCUCGGUGGAAUCAAAACAAAUAAGGACGGUGUAAUAGAUCCAGCAUUGAAAGCGUUCGAGGAUUAUCGUGAAACGUUCAUCGAAAUAAUGCGCGAAAUCAGAAAGAAAAAUCCAAAUAUUGAUCCCAUCGAGUUACAAAAGCAAGCCGAAUAUGAAGUGAUCAGUAGAGGUCCAAAGUCGAGAGCAUUCUAUCGGGUACAAGCAACUAGAAGAUUGAUUGGUGGUGGCGAUAUCAUUAAGAAACGACUCGAUAAAGAACACCACAAAUCACUUGACAAUCGUUCGUUGUGGUCUCAAGAAGAAUGUCACGAGUUAUCGACUUCUACACAGUUAUGCAGCAUCCUAUUGGAUCAGUCUCAGCAAGCAAUCAAAAUCACCUCAUAUCUAUUCCAGAUCAUUCAAGCACAAGAGAAACAAGCACGAGAGAACACGUGUCGAAUCUUUUUCGAUCCAGCUUUGUAUACGGUACUCGAGAAUAUUGGUUCAUUCGACGUGGUGAUUGGACGUGAUGGUGGUCCCGAAGGUCUUACCGUAAUGGUUGACUACUACACAGAGGACGGUACAGCGAAUGCUGGUAGUGAUUAUAUUGCGGUGAAUGGAACGCUGACAUUCUACCCGGAAGAUAAACAACAGAGUAUCACAAUUGAAAUUGUUGACGACGAUGUUUUCGAGGAGGAUGAACAUUUCUUUUUACAUCUGAAAAAUCUUCGUGUCCGAACCAAAGACGGUCUUAUCCUUGAUCCGACCUGCAUUGGUGGUGUUCCAGUGGCAGCACUUGAACUACCUCCCACGGCGACUAUCAUGAUCCUUGACGAUGAUCAUGCAGGUGUAUUUUCGUUUGAACAUGACCAUUUCCAAAUUGUUGAGAAUUGUGGUUAUCUCACGAUGAAGGUGCAAAGAAAUUCUGGUUGUCGUGGUAAAGUUCUUAUUCCGUACAGGUAA